AUGGUAAAACAGGAAUCUUUUUUUGUGUACGGCGUCCUCUUAAAUAAUCGUUUUGAAAUAAGAUUUCAACUGAAUAAUAAACGCGAGCCGCCGCGCAAUGGCAACCGCACUGUACUGCAGGACCACCGACCCCCGCAGCAAAACCACGUCGGUCAGCCUGCUGUGGUCGAAGAGCAAACUCUCACCGGUCCGAAGCCUGGUCCCCAUAUCUGUGCCAAACUCAGCCAGCGACAGGAUUAUGGGCCCGAGAUCAGGCAGCUUCAGCUCGGGCGGCCAAUCAGCAAGGACAGCGCGCUGAGAACGCUCUCCUCGUUCCUCGACGAAUCCGGACUGCUUCGCGUGGGAGGCCGACUCUGCAACUCGCUCCUGCCGGCAAACGAGAUGCACCCAGUCAUCUUGUGCGGGCGCAGCCCCCUCGCAAAACUGAUCAUCGACUGGGCCCACCGCCGCAGCCUACACGCCGGGUUUAGGUCCACGUACUCCUACGCCAUCCAGCGAGCCUGGAUCGUCGGCGCCAGGACACAGGUGCGAUCACACAUCAAGAAGUGCGUAGCCUGCACCAUCACCAACGCCCGGCCGCAGACCCAAGCAAUGGCCCCGCUGCCCGCAGCCCGGGUCACGCCGUCGGCCGCCUUUCUCCGCACGGGGGUCGACUAUGACGGGCCGUUCCAGAUACUGUGCACGAAAGACCGAGGAAUACGGUCCACCAAAGGAUACGUUGCGCUGUUCGUCUGCAUGACCACCAAAGCCGUGCACCUGGAACUCGUUGGCGACCUUACCACCCAGAGCUUUCUCGGCGCUCUCGACCGCUUCACCGGGUGCCGCGGCCAGCCACAGGAGAUCUGGAGUGACAACGGCACGACAUUCCAAGGCGCCAAUGUGGAACUGAACCGCUUGCUUCGCGCUGCCGAAAUGGACUGGGGACAAGUGGAGGGCAGCCUCGCACAGCAAGGCAUCACAUGGCGGUUCAUCCUACCAUCCGCGCCUCACUUUGGCGGAAUCUGGGAAGCUGGCUCAUCAUUACUUCACCCCAAACCCAACAUGGAUGAUAAGCCUUUACCUUUCUUAAGCUUGGCUUUCUUGAUAGACUUGCUGAUGUAA